GUGUCGGAAAUCCGGAGACGGCGGGCUAAGAAGGCCAAGAAAGAAACGAUACCGUAGAACUGUAGAAGGAAGAUGAGGAAGGAACCUCUUCGUCGGCAAUAUUCAUCAGCGACCAAGCCAGCCAGGACCAUUCGUCAAUCCCAACGUUCAAUUGCUAUUUGUGACUUAUUUCCGGCGAUUUACUUUCCUGUGAGAUACUUCAAUGCCUAUUUAUUCCAUAAAUAUUGUCUCUAAGUUUUGCUUUCUCUGUGUUCAAUUGUUAGCGAGGGAGGAAGAAGAAGAUCUGGUUUCAGUCUUGCGAUUGAACUGAUGGAUAUGGAAGGAAGUAAGUUUGGGGAAGGGCCUAGAGAAUUAGGUGGUGCUGUUGAUCUCAUUACUCAGUUCAAGCUGUGGCCUUACCAUGAAUUCUUCUGUAAGAGGUUGCUCCACUAUGUCAAUCUCAGAGACACGCUAUCUCCAUAAUGUGGUGGGUGACACAGAAGUCAGGAAGGGUGAAGGGAUUGAGUUGGCUCAGCUUUUUUAGAAUGACUCCUUUAGAGGGAAAAAUCAGCAUUUUAAUCCCUUUGACUUUGGAUUUACUUAUGGAAGCCUUUCGGAUUCGAGAAACAGCUCCUGUUGACCUGCUGUCUUCUAGUGUCUAGCAGGUAGUAAAGGGGAUCCCCACUGUGGUGGCUAAAUAAAAAAUGGAGUCCAAAGACAAGGGGACGAAGCACAAAAGCCAAAUGAGAAAAGAUAAGGAGAAGUAUAAAGGUAGUAAGAAGCACAAACAUCAUUGCUGAGAUGGUGGGAAGAGUGAUAAAGGGAAAAAUAAAAUCAAGCAUCAUGAUUUGGGUGCUGAGUACCUGCAGAAACAGCAAGAAAGGUUUAUAUUUUAGUUCUCUUUUGAGGCUGUGUCAGGCAUUGCAUUCUUUAGAUUGUUUAUUCUUCUUGAUAUUAUGAAGGAAAAGAAAAGAUUAUAAGAUGAUUUUUCUUGAGGAUUGCCAUGUAUUAUUUUUUGUUCAUAAAUAAAGAAUCUAGAUUUAA